AUGGCCGCAAACCCGAGCUUGAAGCAGGGAAAGAUGCAAGGAUACAUCAACUACCGAAUGCGUGCUACCAUGAUUGAUGGACGUCAGUUGGUGGGCCAAAUGUUGGCAUUCGACAAGCACAUGAACCUCGUCCUUGCCGAUUGUGAAGAGUUCCGAAAAGUCAAGCGCAAGGCGAAGCAACCUGCUGGCUCGGCGCCAGGUACCAAGGACGGCGCAUUGGUGGAGACGGAAGAGAAGCGCAUGCUCGGUCUGGCCAUCGUCCGUGGAGCUACAGUGGUGUCCUGCUCGAUGGAUGGACCACCACCUGCUGAUCCCUCAGCACGACUCGGACAGACUGCUCCCGGCGCUGCCAACCUCGGCGCAGCAUUCUCAGGACCGGGUACAGCGCGACCAGCAGGAAGAGGAGCAGGAAUCGGAUUGCAAGGCCCUGCCGCAGGAAUAGGAGGACCUGGUUUCCCUGGUGCACCUGGGUUUCCACCGCCACAAGGCUUCCCUGGUCGAGGCGCACCUCCAGGGUUUCCGCCUGUAGGAUUUCCACCAGGCGCAGGACCACCGCCAGGCUUCGGCGCGCCGCCUGGGUUCCCUCCAGGAGGUCGUGGCUUCCAGCCGCCGGGAGGUGGAUUCCCUCCACCAGGACGAUGA